CCUUUUUCAAUUAUUUCUUUUCUCCUACUUCUCAGAUUUGGAUCUCGAACUUGGUAAAGAGCUCUCUUGUACUUGUUCUUCCUUUUUCCCUCCUAGAUUUUCCAACUUGAAUAGUUUCUCAAAUCUUCAUGUUCGAUUUUCAGUUCAAGAACUCGAAUGCUUUGCAUGACUCUCACUGAGAAACUCAUUUGUUUCAACUGUUAAUUCUUGAUAUAUUUCAAAGAUUAGCAUGGAGUGCUCUAUCAAGGAUGACGUUACUCAAUUGAUAGGUAACACUCCAAUGGUUUAUCUAAACAACAUCGUAGAUGGUUGUGUUGCUCGUAUAGCCGCAAAGCUUGAGAUGAUGGAGCCUUGCUCUAGUGUCAAGGAGCGAAUUGCUUAUGGUAUGAUUAAAGAUGCAGAAGACAAGGGACUGAUUACUCCCGGGAAGAGCACAUUGAUUGAGCCUACUUCUGGUAACACCGGGAUCGGAUUAGCCUUUGUUGGGGCAGCUAAAGGUUACAAAGUUGUGCUCACAAUGCCUGAAACAAUGAGCCUUGAGAGAAAGAUCAUUUUAUUAGCACUAGGUGCAGAGGUUCACCUCACGGACACGAAAAAAGGCGUUCAAGGAUUACUCGACAAAGCCGAAGAGAUAUUAAGCAAAACUCCAGAUGGUAUCAUACUACAUCAAUUCAAGAAUCCUUCAAACCCACAAACUCAUUAUCGAACCACGGGUCCAGAGAUAUGGAGAGACUCUGCAGGAGAAGUAGAUAUAUUGGUGGCUGGUGUUGGGACUGGUGGAACCAUUUCCGGAUCAGGAAAGUUCCUCAAGGAGAAGAAUAAAGACUUAAAGGUUUAUGGAGUGGAACCUACAGAGAGUGCAGUACUCAGUGGAGGCCAACCAGGUCCACAUUUGAUCCAAGGUAUUGGAGCUGGUAUUGUACCGGACAAUUUGGAUUUCAACGUUCUUGAUGAAAUCAUUCAAGUGACAAGCGUGGAAGCUAUUGAAACUGCCAGACUUCUUGCCCUGAAAGAAGGAUUACUGGUGGGAAUAUCUUCCGGAGCUGCUGCAGCCGCUGCUAUUAAGGUGGCAAAACGGCCAGAAAACGCCGGGAAGCUCAUAGUUGUGGUUUUCCCUAGCGGUGGGGAACGUUACUUGUCGACUCAAUUGUUCGACUCAGUGAGACGUGAAGCAGAGAGUUUGACAUUUGAAUGAGGCUUAUACACAACAAACACUACCUAGCUUGGUUCGGUUUGUUUCAGGGAAGACUGAGAUGAAUCCGAUCGAACGGUCAUCGAUGCAGAUGGAACGCCUCCAUGGAUGUGGCAAGCAUACGUCUCGUAUGAAGACCAAAGCUUCCUCUUCGGACGUAAAAGUCUGCCAACGAAGAUUCCCGGUCACUCGAACAUCGCUGGCCCAUCUCAGGAAAUCGUGAGCAUCCGUUAGAGAGAACGGUCGGAGAGUAACUCUUGAGAGAUCAGUCUCCAUGUUCUCUCUGCUUUGGUUGGUGGAACUUUGACUUUGAAGGAGUAUUAUACUAUAUAUGAUUAACAUAUCUUUAUGUCCUAGUAUCAUACUUUACUCAUAAUUCUUAACAUAUAGCUCUCUAAUUUAUUUAAAUGAUGGUAAUAUAUUAAGACUUUCAUUUUUGAUAAAAACAUCAUAUUUCUGGA